UUGUCAAUGCUCUUGGCUCGACUGCAAAAGUCAGAACGGAAAAGUGGGAGGAGAGCGACGCGGGAGGCUCGGAGCUCUGUGCCCAGACUGCGUGACGAAAGAACUGGAAGGCGGCGCAGGACAUGCGGUUUUUGCCUGCGCCACCCUGAGCGAGCGAGUCACCUGACUGGCAGAAGAGAGGAAGGAAGCCCUCAAGAGAUAGAUGGACGUUAUCGGCAGACAGGCGCUGGGCGCGUCCUGGCGGCGGCUCCUCCAGACAGCCCUGUCAUGGGGAGGCCACCGCAUGGCCCCUGGAGGCCAUCAUCACCAAGCGUUCGUUGGCUUCCCUCGUCCUUGGGAGAAUGGCCCAGCGGCGGCCGUGCACACGCGCGUGCAAGAAAAGUCUGUCCGUGGGCAUCCAAAUGCUUCUUGUGAGGCGCGAACUUGGCAGGCGACAUAUUUGCUUCGGCGGUCGCGGGCGUGGCGAGGCGCCACAACAGAGCCGCAGCCGCAGCACCAGCACCAGCACCAGCCUGAGCUUGAGCUUCCUCGCCCCACCACCUCAAGUGCGGGGUCCCCACCCACUCUCCCAGAAGCUCCAGCUCCCAGCCGUCGUCGUCCUCGCACAACCUCAACAACGAACUCCCACCACAGCUCGUGCAUUGCCUUCGGCCCCUUUUUGGGACAGCCUGUCGUCAGCCUUUUCGUCCCGCCCCCUCCACUUGCGAACCCAUCCUUCCUUUGGUAGCCCGCCGCCGUCGCGCUCCAGAUAUCGCCCCACCCGUGUCUCUUCCAUCACCUCGGCCUCGAUUCCGUCGCCUUGGGCCGGCUCUCGUCUUGCGCCGAUCCGAGGCUGCGCAUCUCUGUCCGGGCCUUUGUCCGCCAUCAUGGCCGACCGCGACACCCUGCUGGCCGUAUUUCGGCCUCGCCACUAUGACUUGAGCCUAACCAGCCUCGACUUGAAGAACUGGAGUUACGAUGGCACUGUUACAAUCGAGGGCGAGCUGACCCAAGAAACGGCCGAGAUUACCUUGAACACCCUGGAGGUUAAAGUGAUAGAGGCUCGUUUUGAUUCCAAGCACGCCAAGGCCACCGUCUCCCAGUCCUCAGACAAGUUCAGCUACGAUGAAAAGAAGCAGCGCUGCACCAUCACGUUUCCGGCCCCCCUGUCUCCCUCCCCCAAGGUCACGCUGUUCCUCAAGUUCACCGGCAUCAUCAACCAUGACAUGGCUGGCUUUUACCGUAGCCAGUACAAGGCUGCUGCUCCUGCGGCUGCCUCUGUGCCCCGCGAUGACGAGUACCACUACAUGUUGAGCACCCAGUUCGAAGCUUGCGAUGCUCGCCGUGCGUUCCCCUGCUUCGACGAACCGAACCUCAAAGCUACCUUCGACUUCAGCAUCGAGAUCCCAAGCGACCAAGUUGCAUUGAGCAACAUGCCUGUCAAGGAGAGCAGGGAUGCCGGAUCUGGAAAGACCCUCGUGUCCUUUGAGCGCACCCCCUUGAUGAGCACCUAUCUCCUGGCCUGGGCCGUCGGCGAUUUCGAGUACACAGAGGCAUUCACCGACCGCCAGUACAACGGCAAGCAGAUCCCCGUCCGUGUUUACACCACCCGUGGCCUCCGCGAGCAAGGUCGUUGGGCUCUGCAACACGCGCCCAAAAUCAUCGACUACUUCAGCGAGCAGUUCGAGAUUGACUACCCGUUACCAAAGUCGGAUAUUUUGGCGGUGCACGAAUUUACCCACGGCGCCAUGGAGAACUGGGGUUUGGUGACGUAUCGGACGACGGCCGUUCUGUUUGACGAGAAGCUUUCCGACGUGCGCUUCCGCAACCGCGUCGCUUACGUCGUGGCCCACGAGUUGGCCCAUCAGUGGUUCGGCAACCUCGUCACGAUGGACUGGUGGGAUGAGCUCUGGCUCAACGAGGGCUUCGCCACUUGGGCUGGCUGGCUAGCCAUUGACCAUCUUCACCCCGAGUGGGAUGUCUGGGCCCAGUUUGUCAACGACGGCAUGGCCCUGGCCUUCACCCUUGACGCCAUCCGAGCCUCCCACCCUAUCCACGUCCCUGUCCGCGAUGCCCUCGAUGUCAACCAGAUCUUUGAUCAUAUCAGCUACUACAAGGGCUGCAGCAUCAUCCGCAUGUUGGCGAACCAUCUUGGCGUUAAGACCUUCCUGAAGGGAAUCGCCAUCUAUCUCAAGAAGCACGCGUACCACAACGCCAAGACGGAUUCCCUCUGGGCCGCCCUGAGCGAGGCCUCAGGCGCUGACGUGAAGACCCUCAUGGCUCCAUGGGUCCAGAUGAUUGGCUACCCGAUUGUCACUGUCACCGAGCAAUCUCAGGGCAUCACCGUCAAGCAGUCGCGCUUCCUAUCCACUGGCGAUGUCAAGCCCGAGGACGACACAACCACAUGGUGGAUCCCACUCGCGCUUUCUGGCAGGACAGGCAUGGCGCAGGGCGAUGUGGACACUUCGUCCCUGACAACCAAGGAGGAGACCAUUUCUGGCGUUAGCAGCGAGUUUUACCAGCUCAACAGCUCGGCGAAUGGCUUCUACCAGGUCAACUACCCACCAGAGCGGUUGGCCCAGUUCGGGAAGCAGCUUGGCAGGCUCAAUGCUGCCGAAAAGAUCCGGAUCGCGAGUUCAGCGGCCGAUCUAGCCUUCUCCGGCGACGGCAGUACCGCAGCACUGCUUUCAUUCCUCGAGGGCUUCAAUAGCGAGACGGAGUAUCUGGUACUUGCGCAGGCUCUUGACGCAGUUGGUGCCCUCAAGUCGGUGUUUGGGGACGACGACGAGAUCCGCAAGGGCCUUAGCGCCUUCACGCUCCGCCUAAUCGAAGGCCCGCUGGCCAAGGUCGGCUUUGACGUUCCGGCCAAUGACGAGUACAGCAACAGCAUGCUUCGAAAGAGGCUGUUGGUGGCUGCUGUUGCCAAUGGUCACGAAGGUAUCCGACAAGAGGCACAAAGGAGAUUUUCCGCCUGCUUCGAAGAUGGCGACAAAACGGCCAUUCACGCCGACCUGCGCACUGCAGUUUAUCGCGCCGGGAUCCUUGGAGACCCAGCCAAGGCCGCCCAAAUCUUAAAGAAGGAGUGGUACACAACUGCAGCGGUCGACGGCAAGGACAUGUGUCUUGCCGCCUUGGGACAUGUUCAAGAUCUCAAGGUCAUCGAGGAGGUGCUCCUGCCGUUCCUCCUAUCGAUCUCGCCGCCCGCCGCCGCGUCGGACUCGAUCCCGGCGGGAGACCUGCACAUGCUGGCCUCUCCCAUGGCCGCAAACCGAGUGGCACGGCCGCUGCUGUGGAAGCGCAUCCAGGAGGGGUGGGAGAGCGAGGUGGUGGCCAAGAUGGGUGGGAACCCGGUUGUGCUGGACCGGUUCGUUAAGCUAUCGCUGAGCAAGUUCACGGACGCUUCGGCCAUCGACGAAAUCGAUGUCUUCUUCGCUUCCCGGGACACGUCGAGCUUCGACCGCACACUCAAGACCGUGAAGGACAAGGUGCGGGGCCGAGCAGCAUACCGGUCCAGGGACGCCGAGGCUCUGCGUAACUGGCUCCGUGAGAAGGGUUACGCCAAGCAAUAGUUUGUCUGGCGGGCGGAUAGGCGUUUGCCUGCCCAGAUAAAGUGAUAUUUACAAGGUUUUUUAAACAUUUUCCCGUCCC